UCCGUUCUAGUCACAGCAAAAAUAGUAAUAAAAAGAAAUCACUUCUUUUAGAAAUUCAAGCUAUGAGCAGCGAUAAAAUUACGAGCCUGCCAUUGUCGGAUCAAGAACUCCUCUUCGAGAAACUCGAGGCGAUCACGAUCCAAGGAUCGGACAAGCGCGGGCGCAGGAUCGUGAGGAUCAUCGGAAAAUUCUUUCCAGCUAGGGUUUUGAGCGCCGCCGGAGGAGAGCAGGCGCUGAAGGGGUACUUAGAGAAGAGGAUUUUUCCGGCGAUCGGCGGGCGGCCGUUCACGGUGGUUUACGUUCACACUUACGUGAACCGGUCCGAUAACUUUCCCGGCGUUUCGGCGCUACGAUCCGAUCUACGACGGCGCUGCCGCCGGCUGUCCGCCGAUGGGAUCCAGGCCGUCUUCUCUUCGUUCCAUCCUGGGGCUCCAGGCUCGCCUUUUCUUUUGGCCAACUUCUUGGAAGGCUUCCUUUUCAGCGCAGGGCUAAGUUGA